UCCGAUUCCUUUUGUAACUGCGUUUCUCUGCCGUUUGAGAUUUGGGAAUUUUCCGGCGACGGCCAUCUCCGGCGAUGGGCUGCGCUUCCUCCAAGCUCGACAAUCUUCCGGCGGUGGCUCUUUGCCGUGACCGCUGCAAAUUCCUUGACCAAGCUCUCGUUUUUACCCAUUCCCUUAUUGAUUCCCACUCUGCUUAUGCUGAUUCACUCAACAAAGUCGCCUCCUCUCUCCGCCGUUUGUUUGACCAAGAUGGUGAAAGCUGCGGCGGCGGCGGUGGAGAUUUGAAAUGUCCUCCUCCGCCGUCUGCCGCUCCUUCAUCGGAGCGAUUUGAUUCUGAUUCUGAUUCCGAUUCGGAAUCGGACGAUGAAGAAGAUGGGUGUUUUACACAAGAGAAACCACGAUCUCCCCAGAUCGGAAACUUAAUGUUCUCGAAUUAUGAUUCGGCGAGGGGACAGCCACCGCCGCCGCCGCCGACUGGCUCAUCAUGGGAUUUCUUCAAUUUCUUCGAAACCUACGAGAGAUACGAACAACCCAAUUUCAAUUGGGACCGUGAAGGACAAGAUCAAAAACCAGGAACAACAAGAGUUGUAACGAACAAGAAGAAGAAGCAGAAGAAACCGCCGGUGGUGGCUCCGCCGGAGAAAUUAAACCAACCGGAGAAGAAAAUCGAUGAAUCGAAAAUGGGUGUUGUGGAUUUAAUGAGAGAAAUCAAGUGUUCGUUUGAAAAAGCAUCUGAAUCCAGCAAUUCCAUCUCCAAGCUGCUUUCUUAUGGCCAAAGAAUGAGUUUCUGCAAAGAUUCAAGAACAAGCUCUCGAGGGCUGCUAUCUACCUUGAAGAAGCUCUGUGUUUGGGAGCAGAAACUGUACCUGGAAGUGAAGGCUUUGGAGAGACUGCGUAUGAUUCUUGAAAAGAAAUGCCGGCAGCUAAAGAAUUUGGUGGAGAAGAACGCCGAUGAUCGGAAAAUUGAUUCAGUUCGUAGCUCGAUCAGAAAUUUAUCGAUCAAAUUGAAUGUUUCAAUUCAGGUGGUUGAUCGGAUUUCGAUAACCAUUAGUAAGCUGAGGGAUGAAGAAUUCUUGGCAGAAAUGAAUGAAUUGAUUCAUGGAUUACAGAGCAUGUGGAAAGCCAUGUCGGAAGCUCACAAGCAGCAAACCCAAGCAUUAACGGACGCCAAACCCUUCGAAUCAGUCCUCAACGGCGCCUUGGACGACGCGCAUCUGGAAGCCGCCAUGGAUUUAAAGCUCGAGCUCGAGAAUUGGAGAUCAAAUUUCGUGAACUUAAUCACCACGCAAAAGGAUUGCAUCAAAGCUCUCAACGGUUGGCUACUCCGGUGUCUAUUACACGAACCCGAGCCGGAAGAAACCCCGAAUGGCGGCUGUCCGCCGCCAUUCUCUCCGGCGAGAAUCGGUGCUCCUCCUGUAUUCGUAAUAGCGUACCUCUGGUCCGACACGGCCGACAAAUUCUCCGACAAGGAUGUCUCUGAGGCUAUACAGGGGGUGGUGUCGAAGUUGGACGAGGCGCUGGAGCAGCAGAGUUGGGAUUUGCAGAGAUUGUCGUUGGGGAACAGAGAUUUGGAGAAGAAGAUUAAGGCGAAGAAGAUGAAUCAAGAAAUUGAGGAGAAGACAACGGCGGCGGUGGCGGCGGGGACUGUGCAUAAAGUGGGGAAGUUUAAUGGGUGUGAGAUUCAACAGGGGGUGCGGCAGGUUUUUGUGGGGUUGACGAUGUUUUGUGGGGACUCCAUUACAGCAUACGAGGAGCUCUGUUCUUCAGCCAUAGCUCAGAGCCAGCCAGGUCCGCCAUAGCUGCAAGCUUCUUCAAGCAUUCAAUUCAUUUUUCACAGUUUUUUCUUGGUGGAUUCAUUCAAAUGAUUCGUUUAUUAUUUGUAUUUAAUUCUUUAUGGGUUUAUGAUUAAUUGGUAGCAUUGAUUGAAUAUGAUUUUGGGUGA